AUGUCGGAGAAGCGAAAUAUACGAGAUCACAAACGCAGAUUGCUCGCGGCUAAAUAUGAAUUGAGACGAAAGCUUUAUAAAGCCUUUUGUAAAGAUUCCGAUCUUCCUAGUGAUAUGCGGGACAAACUUCGUUAUAAGUUGUCCAAGUUGCCAAGAAAUAGUUCCUUUGCACGAGUAAGAAACCGAUGUAUUUCCACGGGUCGCCCUCGUUCCGUAUAUGAGUUCUUUCGAAUUUCUCGUAUCGUUUUUCGUGGAUUAGCAUCUCGAGGUCCUUUGAUGGGCAUAAAGAAAUCGUCUUGGUAGCAACCGCCAAACCCAUAAAACAAGGGUUAGCUCCGCAGCUGGUCCACAAGCAAGGUAAGUAGGUCCAUUACCGGCCGGCUCCGGACCGAAAAGACCUAACGGAGUAAUCCCUUAUCUCGGAUCGGAGAUGCUAACGGGGCAGGAAUCGAAGUGGGGGACCUAUCUACCGCCUGUGUCUAUCUCCUGUCAAGUAUGCUCCCCAGACAUAGACUACGUACAGGGUAGUACUCUUGGAUAUAAUAUCACCGCGUGAACGUGAACAUAACAUUAAGUUACGAAUGUAACUCCCGAGGGGUCGACCACUAUUCUAAAUAAAGUAAGGCGGAGAACUGUUGUUCAUUGGAGCGCCGGAGUGCGGGGGUUGUUCCCAUCAUUGAAGUCAGAGUGUGGGACUGAGCCUUCCGAAUGAUAAAGAAAAAAAAGUGCUUAGUUUCGUUGGAAAAACCAACGCAAAUAUCAUAUUGACUUUAUCUCGCCCGGAUAGAUAUAAAAGGUUGGAGAGAGUUACUUUAUGAAAUUGUCUCCUUUCUAAAGCUGCGCAAGGCGGCCCCACCCCUCUUUUCCCCCCUUUAAUGAAAGACCCUCGCCCCAAAAAAAUGGGAUGAAUUAAAAAAAAAGCUUUUUUAUUGAUUCAGGGCGCAGCGAAACCAAUUUAUUUCAAGGCAAAAGGGGGACUUACUUGACUUUUCCUGACGCUGAGUCAUCCUAUUCAAAUCAAAUUUAGCUAUGUUAAUCGAACAGGAAAAGUUUUCAGAUGAUAUGGACCCUGGACGAGAACCUCCAAUUGCUUAGGGGUCGCACUCUGUCCCGCUUGGUGGACGAAAUCUUCUCUCCUUUUAGAAUUAUUUCUCCCACACACCUUUGCCCUCUUUCACCGAAGAGGAAAUAAAAAUAUUCCAAGCGGACAGAGACCUAAAUUUCCAUUAGAUUCAUUCCUAAGCUUGCUUUGUUGCAGUAAGAUGAGAGUGCUGGGGAGAAGAGAAAGCGGUAAAAACCCCUCAGAUUCGGUCACCGAGCAGUCGUCCGACUCUUCAGUAACCCAGGAUGACCCGACCCCUUCGACGCUCGCUUCUUUCGCUGUAUACCCCCUCCAUCCUUCGGAGGUGGAAGAAAGAAAAGGUACUAUAAAUAAUUGAUUCUUUAUUCUUUUUAAGUAGGGCCCCAGAACGAAAAAAGGUGGGGGAACCUGAGUUGUCACGAUAGGAAAGAUAAAAAAAUGACUAUAAGGAACCAACGAUUAUCUCUUCUAAAACAACCUAUAUCCUCCACACUUAAUCAACAUUUGAUAGAUUAUCCAACCCCGAGCAAUCUUAGUUAUUGGUGGGGCUUCGGUUCGUUAGCUGGUAUUUGUUUAGUAAUUCAGAUAGUGACUGGCGUUUUUUAGCUAUGCAUUACACACCUCAUGUGGAUCUAGCUUUCAACAGCGUAGAACACGUUAUGAGAGAUGUUGAAGGGGGCUGGUUGCUCCGUUAUAUGCAUGCUAAUGGGGCAAGUAUGUUUCUCAUUGUGGUUCACCUUCAUAUUUUUCGUGGUCUAUAUCAUGCGAGUUAUAGCAGUCCUAGGGAAUUUGUUCGGUGUCUCGGAGUUGUAAUCUUCCUAUUAAUGAUUGUGACAGCUUUUACAGGAUACGUACCACCUUGGGGUCAGAUGAGCUUUUGGGGAGCUACAGUAAUUACAAGCUUAGCUAGCGCCAUACCUGUAGUAGGAGAUACCAUAGUUACUUGGCUUUGGGGUGGUUUCUCCGUGGACAAUGCCACCUUAAAUCGUUUUUUUAGUCUUCAUCAUUUACUCCCCUUUAUUUUAGUAGGCGCCAGUCUUCUUCAUCUGGCCGCAUUGCAUCAAUAUGGAUCAAAUAAUCCAUUGGGUGUACAUUCAGAGAUGGAUCAAAUUUCUUUUUACCCUUAUUUUAUGUAAAGGAUCUAGUAGGUUGGGUAGCUUUUGCUAUCUUUUUUUCCAUUUGGAUUUUUUAUGCUCCUAAUGUUUUGGGGCAUCCCGACAAUUAUAUACCUGCUAAUCCGAUGCCCACCCCGCCUCAUAUUGUGCCGGAAUGGUAUUUCCUACCGAUCCAUGCCAUUCUUCGUAGUAUACCUGACAAAUCGGGAGGUGUAGCCGCAAUAGCACCUGUUUUUAUAUGUCUGUUGGCUUUACCUUUUUUUAAAAGUAUGUACGUGCGUAGUUCAAGUUUUCGCCCUAUUCACCAAGGAAUAUUUUGGUUGCUUUUGGCGGAUCGCUUACUACUAGGUUGGAUCGGAUGUCAACCUGUGGAGGCACCAUUUGUUACUAUUGGACAAAUUCCUCCUUUUGUGUUCUUCUUGUUCUUUGCCAUAACGCCCAUUCCGGGACGAGUUGGAAGAGGAAUUCCUAAUUAUUACACGGAUGAGACUGAUCAGUGAAAAAUUCUGACACCAAUCAUUUACGUAUUACACCAAGAAUUCAUUGACAAGCGCAUUA